ACCCAGGCCCGCCCAGCUCCUUGGCGCGGGCGCCCUGCCACAGGUCCACAGUGUCCCUGCCACAGGCUCUCCAUCGAGGACCAUGGCGAGGCUGAGCUGGGGGUACGGCGAGCACAACGGUCCCAUUCACUGGAAUGAAUUGUUCCCUAUUGCUGAUGGUGAUCAGCAGUCUCCAAUUGAGAUUAAAACCAAAGAAGUGAAAUACGACUCCUCACUCCGACCUCUCAGUAUCAAGUAUGAUCCUGCCUCAGCUAAAAUCAUCAGCAAUAGUGGCCAUUCCUUCAACGUUGACUUUGACGACACGGAGGACAAAUCAGUUCUGCGUGGAGGUCCUCUCACUGGGAACUACAGGUUGCGGCAGUUCCAUUUGCACUGGGGGUCAGCAGAUGAUCAUGGCUCAGAGCAUGUGGUAGACGGAGUGAGGUAUGCUGCAGAGCUGCAUGUUGUCCACUGGAAUUCAGACAAAUACCCGAGCUUUGUAGAGGCAGCUCAUGAGUCCGAUGGGCUGGCUGUCCUGGGAGUAUUUCUACAGAUUGGGGAACACAAUCCUCAACUGCAAAAGAUCACUGAUAUUUUGGAUUCCAUAAAGGAAAAGGGUAAACAAACACGGUUCACAAAUUUUGACCCGUUAUGCUUGCUUCCAUCAUCUUGGGACUACUGGACAUACCCUGGCUCUCUGACAGUUCCACCUCUUCUUGAGAGUGUCACGUGGAUUGUUUUAAAACAACCUAUAAGUAUCAGCUCUCAACAGCUGGCCAGAUUCCGAAGCCUCUUGUGCACAGCUGAGGGAGAGAGUGCGGCUUUUUUGUUAAGCAAUCACCGUCCACCACAGCCCUUGAAGGGCCGCAGAGUGAGAGCAUCUUUCUAUUAGCAGUCACCAGUGGGUCAACCCAAUCGGAACACGGAGGUAGCAAAUACAACGGAACUCAGACAUUCCAAUAAUGGCUUUUCGAGAAUUUCACGUUUGUGGAUUCUACUUGUCCAGCACCUCUGGCACGGCAGAGAAAACCAGAAGUCUGAAAUAACUUAGCCCAUCACUCCUAGAUUUGCCCCAAUGUAUGUCCAAUUGCUAAAUAUGGGAUGUAAUUAAAAUCACAAAGUAUACCUGCUUCAGCCUUCCUGACAAUAAUGUCAGCCUUACCAACCUCAGACUGUACUAAACUUUAUGGUGGGCUUAGACUGAGCCUAUCCCAUUCUAGAUAGUGUUUGAUAAAAACUUUAAAUUCACUUUGAACUGAUAUUAUUCCCAAACAAGCAGUUCUUACAGUCUUGAUAAUUUUCUGAUUAAUCAAGAGUAUAUAUUUCCUUUAAUACAUUUUCUCAGAUUCUCAUUUUAUGUACUGUAAUAUAGCACAUAAGACAAAACACACACAGACUAGGAUAGAACAAUGUGGCUACUCCUGUGAUUAAAGUAACCUACAGUUUUAGUGAAGCAUUCCUCAGGCUAAGAACAGCUUUUUAAGACACUAUUCCACGUAAUAUAUUCACCCAAGAAUGUUAAUGACUACCAGGGUGAUGACAUAGUGUGAGGCUCAUGAUAUUAACGUGAUUCAGACCAGCAAUGUAUACGAUACCACUGCAGCAGAACUGCCCCGAGCUGGUGAACAGCUUCCUACAAACAGAGUGGGACGCUAUCCUAUAUCUGCUGUUUUUUCUGUCACCCAUUAAAAAGAUGAACCACGUCUUGCAUAAAUGCCUAAGCCAUUCAUUGCAUUUUCUAGGAAGAGCUUAUUUCCCAUUUGUACAUGUUAACUAAGCUGUUUCAUGAUUUUAUAAGAUGCCAUUUGUUACUAACUUUAGACUAUUCUAUCUGGAGAGGUUUUCUUUUGUAUUCAUUGAAGGAAGACAGGCACCACAUUCCUUUUGCUUUGCCAUUGUAAGGUGAUUCUAUACUCAAUAACCACACUUAAGACUUGAAUAUUUGUUAUACUUUUGGUAUUUUGUGAGACUGUGUCCCUGGGUUUCUUAAGUUUAAUAAUUUGUUUCAGAUCUCUCUCAUCUUCUAAAUGUAAAGUUAAUUACUGAAAACUUUCUUCAUAUUCUUCUUAAUAGAAUAACUUUAUUUUGAGUAAAUUGUACUUGAUAAUGUCUACUGUCACAUAAGAUGAGAGCCCAAAGAUUAGAAUGAACACCUUAGCCAGUGUUCUCCCCUGCCGAGUCCACUCUAAGGCUUAGAGGAAGACCUACAUAUCAUAAAUAUUUUAUGAGCUGGAUAGUUAAAAGAUUUAUUUAAUUAUCUUGAUAACUGCCAUCUAUCUGAGAUAAAAUGCAGCCAAGUUAAUAAAAUAAUUAAAAUAGG